GGAAGAAGACACUAGCUGGGGAGGAAAUAGAGCAAGAUGGAAAAGUAAAAGAAAAAGAGAGAUAUAAUUUCUUCCUCAAAAGAAGUAUAAACUUGUUUUUUUUAGUUCAUUGGAUUCUCUUCGGAUCAAAAUUUAUUUGUCACCAUCCCUGCCUCCGAGAUUCUCACCCCAUUUUUUAGUCUACUGAAUGCCUUCUAAACUCUCAUUUUGUUCUUGUGCAUAUAAAUAACUCAAAAACAAAAUCGUAUUGAUGAAUUGAGGUCCAGAUGAGCACCGUGGAAUGUCAGUUUCUUUGAAAAUUUACUUCUCUUUUUAUUUAUUUUUUUUUAAAAAUGAUCAUUUAAGAUAAAAAAACAGUGAAGUUAAAUCCCUCCAAUGUUCUUAUACAAUGCCUACUUUUACUUAAAAAAGGGAAUAAUUAUAAUUUUAUUAAAUUGAAAGGUUCUUUUUGCAAUCGUGCAUCCGAUUGUUUUGUCGGAUGGGCCUUUGAUACACUGACUUAAAAUUUAAGGUGCAAUACGAAAAUUUACAUUGGACGCAUAAGAUUCCCUCGAAGUCGUCGUAACCGUUACGAUUUUUUUUUUCUUCCUAUUUAUUUUUUUUCUUCCAAAAAUAGCCACCACGGAACCGCUCGUCAAAGCUGCCCAACGGACACCUUACAGUCUGGUUCGCUGCUUUACGCGUGUAUAUAACAGUCUCUCCCUCUCCGCCAUCUUCCCCACUCUUCCCACUCCCUCCACGCCUUCUGUCCAUCUCUCCACUGUCCGCUUCCGAGUUCGGAGCGCCGAUCCAUGGCCGAGGAGACCAAAUCCGACUCGACGGAGGCCCCCGCCGCCUCCGCCGAGGUCGUCGUCCCGGAGGUUGCGGCUCUGGAGAAGGAGGUGGUUGGUGAAGAACCGCCGCCGGUCGCUGAGCCCGUCGAUGAGGGGAUGAAACCGGUGAAGAACUCAGCUUUGGAGGUCGCGCUCGCCGCUGAGGCCGCGGCCGAGGCGGAGGAGAAGAAGGCGGCCGCCGGCGACCCCCAAGAUGCCUCCUUUAAGGAGGAGGGUAACGUUGUUUCGGAGAUUGAAGAUCCUGAGAAGAAGGCGCUGGAGGAGCUCAAGCUGCUCGUCCAAGCGGCGCUAGAUAAUAACGAGUUUAGUCCUCCGCCUCCUGUCGUCUCUGUUCCUCCGACUGGUAAGGCGGAAGGUGAAGCUGCUCCUGUACCAGAGGAGGAUCCGCCGAAUACUGUGGCGUCGAAGGAGGGCAAAGUUGAAGGAGAUACUGAGGAGGAGGCCCUGAAGGUCGUGGAGGCGGAGGAGACCAAAGAUGGAGGCGAAUCUGCAAACGUGCCAGCAGAAGAGGCUGUGGUAACAGAGGAGGCUAAGGCGGAAGAGCCCCUGAAUGCCGUGGUGGUAGAGGACCCGACCGCACCGUCCGAGGAAGAAGAGGCCGAGAAGCUGACGCCUCCUGCUGCGGAAGAGAAGGCGGUUCUGACGGAUGAGGAUGGUGCCAAAACCCUGGAAGCCAUAGAGGAAACCGUCGUGCCCGUUGCUGCUCCACCUCUCGCGGAAACCGAGACGCCGGCGGCGGAAGCGCCGAAGGCGGAGAAGGAAGAGGAAAAAGCUGCAACUCCUCCCACCGCAUCGACUGCGCCAGCGCCGGAGAAAGUCGCCAUUUGGGGCGUGCCGCUCCUAGGCGACGAGAGGAGCGACACCGUCCUCCUCAAGUUCCUUCGCGCCCGCGACUUCAAGGUGAAGGAAGCCAUGGCCAUGCUUAAGAACGCCGUGCUCUGGCGCAAGGAGUUCGACAUCGAGGCACUCCUCGAAGAGGACCUCGGCGUCCCCGAGUUGGAGAAGGUCGUGUUUAUGCACGGCGUCGACAAAGAGGGCCAUCCCGUCUGCUACAACGUCUACGGCGAGUUCCAAAACAAGGAUCUUUACGCCGCCGCCUUCGCCGACGAGAAGAAGAGGAAGAGGUUCUUGAGGUGGCGAAUCCAGUACCUGGAGAAGGGUAUAAGAAACUCACUCGACUUCAAUCCGGAAGGGGUUUCCACCAUGGUGCAGGUCACUGAUCUCAAGAACUCGAUCGGCCUCGCGAAGAAGGAGCUCCGCCAAGCUCUCGACUUGCUCCAAGACAACUAUCCCGAGUUCGCAGCUAAACAGGUGUUCAUCAAUGUGCCAUGGUGGUAUCUGGCGUUCAACAGGAUGAUUAGCCCAUUCUUUACACAAAGAACAAAGAGCAAGUUUGUUUUUGCAGGGCCAUCUAAAUCAGCUAAGACUCUCAUCAAAUACAUUGCUCCUGAGCAAAUUCCUGUUCAAUUUGGAGGCCUGAGCAAGGAGAACGACCCAGAUUUCAGUAUUGCUGAUGCUGUUACAGAGGUCACCAUUAAGCCAUCAACCAAACAUGUCAUUGAAAUUCCAGUAAUUGAGCCUCACUUCCUUGUUUGGGAGCUUCGAGUUCUCGGUUCGGACGUCACUUACGGAGCUGAAUUCGUGCCAAAUGCAGACGACGGAUACACCGUGAUAGUUCACAAGUCAUGGAAGUUGAUCUCCACUGAUGAGCCAGUGGUGAAGGAUAGUUUCAAGAUUGGAGAAGCUGGCAAAGUGGUUCUCACACUGGACAACUCCACCUCCAGAAAGAAAAAACUCCUCUACAGGUACAAGAUCAAGAGCCUCUACUGAUUCCAAUUCAAGGACCACCCUAAAAUGAAUGCUUUGAAAUCACACAUCUAAUGCUGAUCACAUGUUUGAGUCUACCUGUUUACCCUAUUUUUAGUUCAUCUUCUGAGUAGUUUGUCUGGUGCCAGUGGAUUCAUGUUAUUCAUUUUUGUGAAGAUAGGUACUACUACUUUUGAUAUCAUGUAAAUUUAAAUUAAAUUGUGUACAUUUUGUCUGUCAUAUGAUUGUUUACAAUUGGACUUAUGCUCUCUGUCUA